UAACAGCUGAAAUAAUGAGUAAAAAGCAGAGAAAGAAACCAUCAUUACUGAAUAAGAAUAAAGAUCAAGAGAUAGGAACAUUGGAGCAGUAUAAAGAUAAAGGAAAAGAUAUCUGUAAAAAGUAUUGCGAGUUUAAAAACCAAUAUCCGAUUAUGUUACCGCCUGCCCCCAAACAGACCUACAUUGAUGUUUACAUCGACGAAGAGGGAGCAUCCAGCAGUAAAUUUGACUAUGAGAAACGUUUACAGGAUAAUUAUGAGGUUGAAGUUGAAGUGUAUCGAGCUCUAGAAAAGGUGCCGGAAAAUUUCGUAGUCCUGCAUGGUUUCGAGUACACCCAUCAACAGUAUCGAAUUUGUGAUAAAAGUCAUGACAGAAAAAACUGCAAGCUAUGUAAAGGUAAGGCUGCAGAUAAAACAGAAUGUGACUUUGUUGUUAUCGGGAAGAACUAUGUUGUCAUUAUUGAAGUGAAGAAUGUCCCAAUUGAUGAAGACAGUGAAUUAACAGAGGAACAGAGAAAGCAAUUGACAGGAACAUUUGCAAAAUCACGCGAUCAACUUGAAAGGACAAAAUCGUUGAUAAAUGGUCUUUUACAACAAGUUUUUGUAGAAAUGGAAGUAGAGCAAUGCUCAAUAAUAUGCCUGUCCGCGUUUCCUAGCACAAGUCGUGAUCUAUUUCAGAACAUGGAUGAACAGACCAAAAAGCAGAUAUUGUGCAAAGAGGACUUUCUAGAUUUCUCAAGCUGGUGGAAAAAACAUGACGUGUUAGGUUCGAUAUCUAGCUUUGUUCAAACUGAAGUUUUUCUCGCCAAAUACCAGGAAAUUAAACAAGUAUUGGUAGCAAUGUACUGUACUGACAAACGCCUAUGCAAUGAACUGAAGUGUAGUUUAGGACAGGCUAUAUUGGACAUUGACGAUGAGUUGAAGAAAGGAAAUAUAACAUUUCUCAGCAAAAAACGGGCCCAGAACCCCAAUGUGAUAAACGUUUCUAAUAUAGUAUCUGCUAAUGUAAAUCAAAAUGGCAUAGUCAACAUUUUCAAAGACAUGCUCGGUAUAGAAUACUUGACUGCGGAACAACAUGAUGCUUUCAACAGAGAUCAGAAUCUGCUGGUAAUUAAUGGACCAGCAGGUUCAGGGAAAACUAUCAUCUUGUUGGCUAAAAUCAUACACCUGAUCAUGACUAAGGUGGAAAUCAGAGUCAUUCUGUUCAUAUCCGCUUUAGAGAACAACUCAUGUAAACGCUACCAAAACACAUUAAACAAAGCUAACAUCACUAACACCGUGGUGGAAGAAGAUUGGAGGGACAGUACAGAUGUCACAAUACAGAAGAUAUCAGACAGCAAGCAGAACGGCCAGGUGGUUAUAGUUAGGAUGGAGCUAGUGAGGUCUAACUCCCUGUUGGAGAAGGCGCUGGGUGAUGGAGGCAACACACACGUGUUUGAGGGAGGCAACACACACGUGUUUGUUGAUGAUAGUCAGACGGAGAUGUAUCAACAUGUGGACUCCCCUGCAGAGUUGAUGCGCAGACUAACAGAAGUACAAUUAAGCUGCUGGGUCUGGAUUGGAUGUGAUUUAAGUCAGAAGUGCUACCUUUCUCACGCAGGAUUUUUACAAAAUUACUAUGAACCAGUUUGUUCAUUGUUUCAGAGCAUGCUAUCUGAAAAUAUCGUCAAUUUAUCUCUGAAUCUGAGAAAUACUUGUGAUAUAGCUGAUUGUCUUUCGAAGGUCAGAGAGCACCUUAUUCCGACAGUUCCAGAGGAAGAAACUGCAGAUUUAGAUGUUGUUUUUCCAGUGCUACAACCAGGACACUUCAUACAUGGUCCACGGACUGUAGUACACGUUAUUGAUAAGGCGUUUUCAGUGAACUCAGCUGGUUUGAUAGCUAAUACUUUAAAUAUGGAGCUAGAUAAAUUAUACGACCCAUGUGUGUUGCGCGGGUUUCAAAUAGGUAUAAUCGGAGAUAGUUGCGAUAAAAAUGUCGUCAAAAUGAUUGAAAGUGCAAUAGAAAAACGGUCUAAUUUAUCCGGUGUUGAGAUAGAUUUUUGUGAUGCUGCAAGUUGUCAUUCAGUAGAGUACCCUGCAGUUAUCGUGCUACACGAUGUUUCUGGCAGAGCUAGCAUAUCUUCUCUUUACCUGGAGAUAUCAAGGGCAAGGGUAUACUGUGCUGUCAUAAUAUACAGUUCGAACAAGAAAUACUCUUCAGAGAAUCGACUGUUAAGGGAUCUGUUAAAUAAGAUUGAAGAUAACGUCAGGAUAUUAAAACAGUAUUAAUUAUCAGAUAAUACCUAUAAAAUAUGCUUAUUUUAUCAUUUUUAUAAUUUUCAUAAUUUUGUAUUCUAGAUUCUAGUUGAAUCAGUUAA